CUUACAACUUCAUAUGGUCCUAUUCUCUGAUCAUAUAUCAAGCAUUUCACCUCAGAUUUCUUAAACAAUUUCCUAACGACCAUGGAAUACUCGCACAUCGCAACGCCGGAACGGUGCUACGCCGACUUCUGUCUGAUUCCCGUCGGCACCGGCAACAUUUCGGUAGCGGAGGAAGUGGCCGAGGUUCAGAGGCUGCUCAAGGCGAGCGGGUUGACGUACACUAUGCAUUCCGCCGGAACUACCGUUGAGGGAUCAUGGGACGAGGUCAUGAAAGUUAUCGGGCAAGCCCACAGCGUCGUACAUGCCAAAGGGGUUGUCCGAGUUCAAUCUUCGAUGAGAGUCGGCACAAGGACGGACAAGAAGCAGACAGCACAGGACAAAGUCAAGCGCGUAGAGAAUAUAUUGGCCAAGGAGAGCACUAGCUCUUAGACCUCGUGGAUCGAAUGAAGCAGGAACAAACAUGUUAGGUAAUUUUCAUGGUCGAGCGUUAUAUAACUUGAGAGCAACUUUCCCUU